AACACGAAAAACAGUAAGAAGAUAAUGGCAGAAGACACAGAUUCACGAAAGCAAGCCAGGCUAGCCAUUUUGGAGCUAGCCAACAUGAUAAGCGUCCCUAUGUCCUUAAACGCCGUCGUACGCCUCAACGUUGCCGACGCAAUCUGGGAAAGUGGUUCCAACGCGCCUCUCACUGCCGCUCAGAUCCUCGCGCGUGUAAUUCCAACCGGUGGCGGCGACGCCGAGAAUCUCCAGCGCGUGCUACGCAUGCUCGCUAGUUAUGGUGUGUUUGAAGAGGUUAUUGCUGGCGGUGAAAGGAAGUACUCGCUGACGGACGUUGGGAAAACUCUUGUCACCGAUGAAGAAGGUUUGUCGUAUGGCGCUUACGUGCUCCAACAUCACCAGGAUGCGUUGAUGAGAGCAUGGCCAUUGGUACAUGAAGCAGUUGUGGACCCAUCAAAGGAGCCAUUUGAGAGGGCAAAUGGAGAAGGAGCAUAUGAUUAUUACCUAAAGAAACCAGAGAUGAAUGAGUUAAUGUUGAAGGCCAUGUCAGGGGUAUCAGUGCCUUUCAUGAAAGCCCUUUUGGGGAGUUACAAUGGGUUUCAAAAUGUGGAGAAGCUGGUUGAUGUUGGUGGCAGUGGUGGUGAUUGUCUCAGAAUGAUCUUGCAGAAAUAUCCUAAUAUUAAAAAAGGGUUGAACUUUGAUCUUCCUGAAGUUGUGGCCAAAGCACCACAAAUUCCAGGUGUAACUCAUGUGGGUGGUGACAUGUUCCAGUACAUUCCACAAGCAGAUGCUAUUUUCAUGAAGUGGGUGCUAACAACAUGGACAGACAAAGAGGUCAAACACAUAAUGUCAAACUGUUACAAGGCACUCCCAGCAGGAGGAAAGCUAAUUGCCUGUGAGCCUGUGUUGCCGGAGGAUUCAGAUGAUAGUCACAGAACAAGGGCAUUGCUUGAGGGUGACAUUUUUGUGAUGACGAUUUACAGAGCCAAAGGAAAGCAUAGGACUGAAGAACAGUUUAAGCGGCUUGCAAUUUCAGCAGGUUUCAAUCUUUUCAAAGCCUUUCAUGUAGAUCAUUUCUACGCUGUUCUUGAGUUUCAGAAAUGAAACCAACUUUAGAAUGUAUUUCAUGGAUUUUGUAAACUUUGAUUUCUGUAAUUGGUGAUAAUGUGGAUGGCAUUUAUAGCAGUCCUAAAUAAAUUUGAACUACCAGCAAUUAGGUUGCACUUGAUUUAUUUUAAAUACCAAAGAUCAUCUAAACAAUUUUGAUUCCACAAUACAAAAUUGUAUCUAAUUAUUAAGAUAUUUGCAAGGAUCUUUCACACAAGUUAGAUCUUUCAAAAACAAAUCCAAAUAAUGCUAUCAACAACAUCACUAACGAAGCCCUAGGCGGCCAAAAAGCGAUCGAACUCAAUCCUAAAUAUGUUGCUUUGUAUCUUCUCAAAGAUAUGGCUCAAGAUCUUCAAGGUUUCACAAUUUUUGCUCUUGAACUCUUGUCGAGGAAGAACAUGGUGAUGCGUUCUUUAAGAUGUUUUGAAAUGGGGUGAAACGGUUAUUUCUACCUUGCUAUGAUUUUCUAAGCAUAAACGACUAUCCUUCUUGUGAUUGAAAAGUAUCAUGGAUGCAACAUGUUUUUUCUAUUAUGGGGAGACUAAGAUUAAUUAUUGAAGGUGAUGAAGUAUUGUGGGUGAUAAUGAACGUUAUGAAGAUAAAUGCUGAUUGUUAUGAAAAUGGUUAUGAAAGUGUGAAUCAUAUGGAGAUUCAAGAAGUUGGUUGUUAUGGAAUGUCAAUGUGGUACUUUAUUUGAAAACUAUGAUGUUUUAACUUGAUGCAUUGUCUUUUUUACCGAAUCGUCCAUUUUGAUUGCAGGGUGUGCAUUUUGAUUGUGUGUCUUUGUUUUGGUAUGAAUUUUUGGAAUUGUAAACUUCAUUAUAUUUGUGCUUUAAUUGCAGACAGCAUCCAGGACAAUACGAAUACUAUAAGAACGAUGAUGACUGGAGGUAAAAAAUAUUUGUUUGCUUAUUUUACUAAAGUAAAGCACUGAUAAAAAAAUUAUACUUCUACUUUUAUAUAUUGGUAUGUUCCAUUUUCUAUGAAGCACUGUCACUGACGCAUACACAACACUAACACGUCGACAAUUGUAAUGAUUUGUUGAAAAAGUGGAAUAAUUAAAUGGAACACCAAAUUAGUUCAUGUCAUGUCACUCUCAAACAUUGAAAACCCCUUUCAUUCGUGAUCCUAUGGUGUCUUUUUUUCUUUCUGAUAUGUGUAAUAAACCCAAAGUUGUCGCAUAGGUCUUGCAGUGCAUUUCCAAGGUUAGGUGUUUUGUUUAUCUUCUAUUUGAUCACAAUUAUUAAACUAAAGUUAGUUUAAAGAUGGGAUACAUAGGUAAUUUUUAUGGAGACCAGAGGUUGAUGGUGUACUGCCUAUCAGAUGCAACGUGCAUAUGCUUGUCGUGUGAUCGAAAUGUUCAUUCAACAAAUACCAUUGCUCAAAGGAAUGGAAGGAAAAUUUUAUGUGAGACAUGCACUUCACAUCCUACUUUGGUUAGAUACUCAUAAAUUGAUAUUAUUGUGAUUGGUUAGGCCAUGGUAACUCUACAUCUUUCAAUCAUAAUAGGCAAAUAAUCAUUUGCUACUCAGGUUGUGCGUCGUCAAUAGAACUGUCUUUGAUAUGGUCUUUUGUAUUGGAUAUUCCUUCUUUAAGUGAAAAUACAUGUGACCAAGAACUUGUUUCA